AUUGUAAAACUUGCUUAUCAUAGUGGAAAAAUAAUGGUGCAUUAUGUUUUAGUAUACCCACAAAUAAAGGAAAUUAUCUCAAGUAAGAUAUUUUAUUAAUAAAUCAAAUUAAAUUAAAUAAAAUUUUCGUUUGAACUGAGCUUUAAACUGGUUUUCCGAAAACUGGUAUUCAAUAAUUUGUGUUGUGUAAACGGGAUUUCGUUCGUCGAGUUACUUUAGGCAGCCGUUCGUGUCGUUAAGUUCACAGUGUGUAGCAAAAUUAUUAAUAUUAUAGUUUUUCGGUCAGUUUAUUAGUUUAAAAUAAUUAAUAAGGAUAAUUAAAAGUGCAUUCUGAUGCGAUGGGACUUAUUUUCGAUAGGUAACGAAAGAAAAAUCCGUCUCAGCAACGCAUAAAAACCAAAGAGCAAGUUGAAGAGAAAAGGUAAUGUGCGUCAUUAAAAAGUCGGGGAGCUUAGAACGCUUCGUCUAUGGCAGAUCCAGCUAACACACUCGCUGCCGCCAGCACUAGCCGCCGCAAGCGUGUGCUGCCGACGCAGCCACGUUCCGAGGCAAAGCGUCUCAGGACCUCAUCGCAAGACGACAAAAUUUCUUCCGAGAAAACAGCACAUACUUCUACCAGGAUUGGUAAUAAGGGUAAAUCCUCCAAACUUGGUACGUCCCCAAUUAAAAAACCCGACAAACCCGAUAACCUUUCGCGAUCAAAAUCGCAAGGCGAACUCCCCACCACGUCUACCAGACAAAAUUCCAAAAUCGGCAAACACAACAAAACCGAUACGGAACAAAACAACACGGAUUCGGAGCAAAAAUCUAAAAGAAUCCAAAAAAAUUGCCUAGAUUUCAAUAACAAACAAGAUCCGAAUACGGUUUCGACGAGAAAAACCAGAAAAAGUUCUUCUUCAACUUCGAUAUCGAAAGUAAAAGAAGAAAAGAUCAAAAAGAGCGAUAAGAUCAAAGGAUCUUCCCUAUCGUCCUUGAACAGUACGUCUAUCUCGGAUACUUCCGCGUCUACUUCGAAUUUAACUUUUCCUCAAGUGCACAAAUAUCCUUUGAGGAGCCACAGCAAGAUACCGUUGAAGAGUUCGAUAUCUACAAUAAAUCAUAGCAGCAGUUCGAUCAAUUUACCAAAGAAAAUUUUACCGGAACGAGGAAAAAGAGAUUCCUUAGCGCUGGGGACGAGCAGCAGCAGUCAGCCCGCCACAAGGGACGUUACGGAACCUUCCCGCCUCACACGCAGCGGCGCAGUGUUGAGGCGCAGCACUCGCAGUAGCAAAGGGCACAGCUCAACGACGGGUUCGUGCGCAAGUUCUAGCGGAGCUAGUGGCAGCGGCGGCAGCUCCAGAAGGGCGGUGAGGCAGCAAAAGGUUGGGUCGGCGGCCCCGGCACUUCUUUCGGCUCCUGCCGCGCACGCUGCCGCAGCCAUGGCCGCGGAUCAACCGGAAAUGCCCAAUAACGGACUUUCCGCCACCGAAGAACCGCCCUCCCCCCAAGAAGCCACCCAAGCCCUACCGACAAGCGGCGGUCCGUCGGGCGCCGGCGGCGCCGAUUCCGAAAGCGAUGACAGCGAAGUGGGUAGAUUGCAAGCCCUUUUGGAAGCGAGGGGUUUACCGCCGCAUUUAUUCGGAGCCCUAGGUCCCCGAAUGCAACAAAUGUUACACAGAAGCAUGGGUACUAACAGUUCCGUAGCUAGAGCUCAAGCCCUUUUACCAGGACUCCAAGCUACAGGAGACGAAGGUCAACAACUUCAGGCAGUCAUCGAAAUGUGUCAACUUCUGGUGAUGGGAAACGAGGAAAUCCUGACGGGAUUUCCGGUUAAGCAAGUCGUACCGGCGCUCAUUAAUCUCUUGGGGAUGGAACACAAUUUCGAUAUCAUGAAUCACGCGUGUAGGGCUUUGACUUAUAUGAUGGAGGCUCUGCCGAGGUCGUCGUCGGUGGUGGUGGAUGCGGUGCCGGUUUUUUUGGAAAAAUUGCAAGUUAUACAGUGUAUGGACGUCGCCGAGCAGUCGCUUACCGCCUUGGACAUGUUGUCCAGGAGGCAUUCGAAGGCUAUUCUGCAGGCUAGAGGUGUUUCCGCUUGUUUGACCUACCUCGAUUUUUUUUCGAUAAACGCUCAACGCAACGCCCUCUCGAUAACAGCCAAUUGUUGUUUAACCCUCACCCCCGACGAAUUCCAAUACGUUCAAGAUUCCCUGCCGCUUUUGGCGUCCAGAUUAACGCAACAAGACAAAAAGUGCGUGGAAAGCGUCUGCCUGGCGUUUUCCCGUUUGGUAGACAGUUUCCAAUUGGAACCGUCGCGUCUACAAGAGAUCGCCAGUACGGAAUUACUGACGAAUUUGCAACAGUUGUUGGUGGUGACGCCUCCGAUAGUCAGUACCGGUACAUUUAUAACCGUAUUGAGGAUGUUGUCGGUGAUGUGCGCCAAUUGUCCCGAUCUGGCCCUGACCCUCCUCAAACAGAAUAUAGCCGAAACGUUGGUUUAUCUAUUGACCGGUUCGGCGGAAGUUAAUAACGAAGAAGUCGAAUUGAUACCGAGACAACCGCAAGAACAAUUCGAAAUAACCGCCCUGAUCGGCGAACUAAUGCCCAAAUUACCAUCCGACGGUAUAUUCGCGGUGGACGCUCUCCUCGAACGUCCCGCGAACGUCGCCAAAGAUCAACCGAUAUGGCAAUGGAGGGACGACAGGGCCGUUUGGCAUCCGUACGGUGCCGUCGAUAGUCGAAUAAUCGAAGCCGCUCACAUGAACAAUGACGACGAAGUCAGUCUGAACACGUUAGGGAGAAUUUACACGAUCGAUUUCCAUUCCAUGCAACAGAUCAACGAAGAUACCGGAACGUCUCGACCGGUACAAAGACGGUUCACCCCGAGCGGCUCGCAAUCCAGUCCCGCCGAGCCCGCCACGGCCCCGAAUCGACCGUUGAGCGCGAGUCGAGACGCUCGCGUCGCAUGUCUUCGAGAGGAACGCGGUCUGGCGGCGGCGUUUAUCCGUUCGUUGUUUUCGGUAUUGUACGAGGUGUAUUCGUCGAGCGCCGGGCCGGCGGUAAGAUGUAAAUGCCUGAGGGCGUUACUGAGAAUGGUCUAUUACGCGAAUCCGGAAUUGUUGAGGGACGUGCUGAAGAAUCAGGUGGUCAGUAGUCACAUCGCGGGUAUGAUGGCGUCGAGCGAUUUGAGGAUAGUCGUCGGGGCGUUGCAGAUGGCGGAUAUAUUGAUGACAAAGUUGCCGGAGGAGUUUGGAGUGCAUUUUAGACGCGAGGGGGUGUUGCAUCAAAUUAAUAGGUUGGCCGAUCCGGAGAUUCCUUUGGGAGUGAGCCCGCCCAAAACGAGCAGCAGCGCCACAUCGUUCGCUUCAACGUUGAACGAUUCCCAACCCGGAACGUCCCAAUCAUCGAUCAGCAACGUUUCCCAAACCGCCAACGGUUCGGCGAUAUUAACAGCCACCCCCGUAUCGUCCACCAUGUACACAUCCACGCCGGACACGCAAAGACUUCAGGAAACGGAAACGAGAUCGCCCAGUCCGUCGCACGUGCGUCUCAGCGACGUACUCAAAAGGAAACGAGCCACCAAACGAACCGGAGGCGGUUCGAGCCGUUCCAAAACCAGACACGAAGAAAUGCCCCUAUCGCCGUCUCUCAUGCAAGAUCUGUUUACCAAAGCCGCUUCCAUAGGAAACUCCACACCGAGCAAUUCGAGACCUAGAUAUUCGUCCGGAUCGAAAACGAGUUUCCUUCAGAGCCUCAACCCGGCCAGGUGGGGUAGAUCGACGAAUUCCUCCAACGAUCGCAACUACACCAAAGAAUCGUUGAACAUGUUGUCGAAAUCCGCCUCCAAUUCGCACAUAACCGCCGGAAAUCGAGAAAAAACCCGAAAUUGGAUCAGGGAACAAGCGACCAAAUUCAUCGAGACUUACACCGGCCACGAAGACGAUCCCCAUCCCGCUACCACCGUCAUCAACCGUUUAAAAACCGCCAUCGAGAAACUACCCACCAUAAAUUCCCGAGACGCCCUAGUCGACUUAAGGGAUAUUCUAAUGGAUUCCGAUAUAUCCCCUUUCGAAGUGAACCAUUCGGGGUUGAUAACGGCUCUGAUUCGAUACCUGGUGGACGUCGACGGGGAAUUGGAUAGGAAUCAAAGGCUCAGGGUGUUUUUGAACGUGUUCGCCGGUUGUCCCAUCGAUGGUAACGCCGUGGACGUACCUGAAUUGAAUCCUGUGUGGUUGAGCGCUUUGGUAUCGAAAUUGAACGGUUGCGUUUCGCAAUUGGAACAGUUUCCCGUGAAGGUGCACGAUUUGCCGGCGGGUUCGAGGGGCGGUACCAGCGCCUUGAAGUUUUUCAACACGCAUCAAUUGAAAUGUAACCUCCAACGGCAUCCGGAUUGUACGAAUCUGAAACAGUGGAAAGGCGGUACGGUGAAGAUCGAUCCGUUGGCCCUGGUGCAGGCCAUCGAACGUUAUUUGGUAGUUAGGGGUUACGGACGUUUGAGGGAUAAAGACGUCGGGGUGGAUAGCGACGACGGAGACACCGACGACGAUAUAGACGAUACUUUAGCUAGCGUAGUCAUAUCUCAAACGGGUACAAAACACAAAUUGCAAUUUUUGAUCGGUAACAACGCUCUGCCUUACAAUAUGACGGUAUAUCAGGCGGUAAGACAAUUUAGUAGUAACGGUAACGAUCAGAGCGAGACUGAUACCGAUAACGAGACGCCAUUGGGUAACGCCGGUAUAUGGGUGCAGACUCACGUGAUUUAUUAUCGGCCGUUGAAAGAGGAAGCUUCGGUAUCGAUUAAAAAUAGUAGCGGUAUUUCCUCGGGUCAUUCUAGUAGGAAGGGGAAAGGAUCUUCGGGUAAGAGCGCUUCCAGACGUCGAACGGACGAACUAUGGAACGAUGGCGUAACACCGGCGCCCCGUUCUCCCUUGGAUCCUUAUUUGGUGGUACAAUUUCCUGAUUCGGUUACGAUUCAAGACGCUUCGUUGGAAGUAUUGUGCCUGUUACGUAUAUUGAACGCCCUAAAUAUGUAUUGGAGUUAUUUGUAUCAACCUGGAGUGGAAUGUAAAUCGAUAUUGCCGAGAUCGGAAUUUUUGAAUAGUAAAAUAGCCGCCAAGGCCGGUAGACAAUUGCAGGAUCCUCUCGUCAUAAUGACAGGCAAUUUGCCGAAUUGGUUGCAACAGAUCGCUUCGGUUUGUCCUUUUUUGUUUCCGUUCGAAACGCGCCAGUUGCUGUUUUACGCUACCUCCUUCGAUAGAGACCGUGCCUUACAAAGAUUGCUCGACAUGUCGCCCGAACUGAGCUCGAGCGAUUCCCAAGAACGCGUCACCCCCCGACUCGACCGACGAAAACGUACGAUAUCGCGCGAAGACAUCCUCAAACAGGCCGAACAGGUGAUGCAAGACAUGGCCACCUCGAAGGCGUUACUCGAAGUGCAAUACGAAAACGAAGUCGGCACCGGCUUGGGGCCGACGUUAGAAUUUUACGCUCUGGUAUCCAAAGAAUUGCAAAAGAUGAAUUUGGAAUUGUGGAACGCCACCAUGACUGAUAACGAAGAAUACGUUAACAAACCUACGGGAUUAUUCCCCAUGCCUCUAUCCAGGAGCGCCAAAGUCAGCCAGAUAACGAAAAUCAAAAGCAAAUUUAGAUUUUUGGGAAAGUUUAUGGCUAAAGCCGUCAUGGAUUCGAGAAUGCUGGAUCUACCGUUUAGCGUCACUUUCUACCGAUGGUUGUUGGGACAAGAGACAAGUUUGACCUUGUCGGAUUUGCGUCACGUGGAUCCCGAAUUGUACAAAACGUUACGUAAGAUGCACUACUUGGUUAGACAGCGAGACGCCAUUUUGGACGACCCCCGUAUAUCACGAGAAGACAAAACCAUCGAAUUGGAAAAAUUGACGUUGGACGGUUGCCCCAUCGAAGAUUUGGGCAUCGAUUUCGUGGUACCCGGAUAUAAUAUCGAAUUGAUGAAGAGCGGUAAAUCGACGGGGGUGACUAUCCACAAUCUGCACGCCUACGUGAGGUUGAUGACGCAUUGGAUAUUGCAGGAGGGCGUUUCGAGACAGAUGGAAUCGCUAAGGGAGGGUUUCGAAUCCGUUUUCCCUUUGGAUAAUUUGAAAGUGUUUUUACCGGAAGAAUUGGAAUCUGUGUUUUGCGGUAGUCCCAAAGAUUAUAUACUCGGAUGGGACGUUAAGACUUUGAUGGAAUGCUGUCGACCGGAUCACGGAUACACUUCGGAUUCGAGGGCCAUCAAAUUUUUGUUUGACGUACUCAGUUCGUACGAUACCGAAGAACAGAGGAUGUUUGUACAGUUUAUAACCGGUAGUCCGAGGUUACCGGUGGGAGGUUUCAAAGCUUUAUCGCCGCCGUUGACAGUAGUACGUAAAACAUUAGAAACCAACAUGAACCCCGACGAUUUCCUACCGUCUGUGAUGACAUGCGUAAAUUACCUCAAGCUCCCGGACUAUUCCAGCAUCGAAGUGAUGAGAGAAAAAUUGAAAUUGGCAGCUUCGGAGGGUCAACAUUCGUUUUAUCUCUCGUAAAUGGGGGAGGGGGAUGCGUGUAUAUAUAUAUAUUAAUAUUUACCGUAUGCCAUUAUCCAGAAUUUUUGUUUUAUUUUUUCGUUUUUCGAUAAUUAAUUUUUCUAUUUAAUUGAAUGAUAUAUCGUUUUAGUUUGAAAUUUUUGGUUGUAGACGCGAAAAUCAAUUAUACAGUGCUCGAAAAUAGUUUUGAUUCGAUUUUCUUUAUUACCAGCAAUAGCGACGCUCCCUGUAUGUAAAUAUUCGAAAAAAGUGUCGAAUUUUCCUAAUUACCCGAAAAGGUUUUCGCGUAUUCCUUUUCCGCCGCAAAAAAAAGUUUUUUCCAUUUUUUUUGCAUACAGUGUUUGUUGUUAAUGCGGAAUGAAAAUUUCAAUGAUCGAGUUGGCGGUUUGAAUUUUUUUUUUUUUUUUUUCGAUUGGUCGGAGUUGACUUUGAAAAUAUUUUUUUGAGGCGAGAAAAUCUGUAAAAUCCAUUUUCUUGAAAUUACUUUUCGUCCGGAAAUGUGAGAAGGUCGUUUUGGCCUUUGUUCGUUAUCUGGAAGUCUACAAAGGUUAUUUUGGCCUUUUUCAGAAUAAUUUUCCAUCCUAGAAGUCUGAAAAAGUAAUUUCAGUGGCCCUCUUCGAACAGUUCACCACCUGAAAGUCUAGUAACAUCAUUUUUGGUCUGGAAAGGUCGUUUUAGCCUUUUUUCCAUAUAAUUUCUUCACUUGAUAGUUUGAAAAAGUCAUUUGGACCUUGUCCUUCAAAUUGUUCACCGCCUGGAACUCAGGAAAUGUCGUUUUAGCAAUAGUUUGAUAUCUGAAAGGCUAGAAAGGUCGUUUUGACCUUUUUUCCAAAUAAUUUUCCAUCUGGAACUAGUGAAAGUUUGUUUUAGGUCUUUGAAAGUAGUUUUAUCCUUUUUUCGAAAUAAUUAUUCAGUUAGAGAUCUGAAAAUUUGGAAGACCAGAAAGGUGAUUUCAGUCUUUAUCUUCGAAAAGUUUUGCCAUCUGAAAGUCUAGAGAAAGGUCAUUUAGUAUCAUUUUUGGUCUGGAAAGGUCAUUUAGUAUCGUUUUUGGUCUGGAAAGGUCAUUUAGUAUCGUUUUUGGUCUGGAAAGGUCGUUUUAGCCUUUUUUUCCAAAUAAUUUUUCACUUGGAGGUUUGAAAAGGUUAUUUCAGCAUCGUUUUUGGCAUAGAAAGGUCAUUUUGGCUUUUUUACCAAUAACUCAAGAGUUUGGAAAGGUCGUUUAAGCCUUUGGUUUCCAUCUGGAAAUUCCAUUUUAGCAUUUGUUUUCCAUGUUGUUUUUUCUCUAGAAGAAAAUGUCUAAGUUCAUGAAGUUUCAGCCAGUUUUCGUAGAGAUUUUGUCAUAAAUUGUUCAGGUCGUUAUCGUACAGGGUUCCUCAAAAAUUAUCAAAUCGUUUCAGCUUGUUUUCCCAAUGAAUUUUUCAAUCGAAAGUCUGUAAAGUUCGUUUUAGCCUGUCUGGCCGCUUCUAUGACGCAAAAUCCGCCAAUUCGUUUUCCGAACUGUUCCCACGAACAAUUCCCAUACAGGGUGUUGUAUUUAUCGCGCAGCAUCGACUAUUCAUUUGAUAACGGAAAGUGGCGUCGAGAACAGUCUCGAUGUUCCAUUUUUUUCCUUUGUACAUAUUUAACGCGAUUGUAAAUAUUUUCACCCCCAAAUUUAGCCCCCGUGUACCAUAUUUUAUCACCCCACCCCCCUCGUAGGAUGAAGGGUAACCGGAUUUCGUUUAGAUCGGGGCGGUGACUGUUGACCCCCCUCCACCCUUCGGCUGGAUAAUGGCACGAAACGUUGUAAAAAAUAUCGAUCGCGAUUGAAAAAUAUCCAAAAAGAAAAAGAAUUUCGUAGUUGGAGUAACGUCUCAAUUAAUUACUUUCCUAAUAUACCCUGUAUAAUUUAUUACUGAAGAAUUUGAUCGUUCAUUGUUUUUUUUUGUUAUUAUGUGAUUGCGUUUCUUUUAAGAAGGAAAGAAGAAAAAAAUACCGCGCGGCUUUGAUUUUAAGGAAAGUGGUCUUAGAUUUGUCUGUAAUAUUAAAUCGGAACGAACUGUAUAUUUUUGCGUAAACGUUGCAAUUCAUAUCCACAAAUUUUCAUCAAGAUUUCAGUGUUCCGCGCUUUUAUUACGGUGAACUUACUCUCCAAUAUCGAAAUUUGUACUAAAAAAACAACGAUUCUUAUCAAAAUUUUGGUUUUCCACUCUUUAUUAUGUUGAAAUUUGGAUGUUUCACUUUUUAUUUUGAGCAAAUUUGGAUGUUCCACCCUUUUAUUCUGGUGAAAUUAAUGUCUAAUAUCGAAAUGUAUACUCAAAAACAACGAUUUUUAUCAAAAUUUUGGUGUUUCAUUUUUUAUUCUUGUCAAACUAAGUGUUCCACAUCUUAUUCUGAUCAAAUUUAAGUGUUCCGCCAUUUUAUUCUGGUGAAAUUAGUGGCCAAUACCGAAAUUUUUACUCAAAAACAACGAUUUUUAUCAAAAUUUUGGUGUUUCACUUUUUAUUCUUGUCAAACUAAGUGUUCCACAUCUUAUUCUGAUCAAAUUUAAGUGUUCCGCCCUUUUAUUCUGGUGAAAUUAGUGACCAAUACCGAAAUUUUUACUCAAAAACAACGAUUUUUAUCAAAAUUUUGGUGUUUCACUUUUUAUUCUUGUCAAACUAAGUGUUCCACAUCUUAUUCUGAUCAAAUUUAACUGUUCCGCCCUUUUAUUCUGGCGAAAUUAGUGACCAAUACCGAAAUUUUUACUAAAAAACAACGAUUCUUAUCAAAAUUUUGGUUUUCCACUCUUUAUUCUGUUGAAAUUUGGAUGUUCCACUUUUUAUUAAACUACAGAGUCGCUUCCAAAGCACUCCACUCUUUAUUCUACCGAAACGAGUCACUAAAAAUCAUUCCUCUCGCGUUUUAUGUGCCCUUAUCGUCAUUUUACCAUCUCGUUACAAUCUAGUACCAACGUUUCGUCAAAUACGUUCCGUCAUCAAUUGUUUUUAGCAAUCGAAAAACCACUCGCCUUAAAAUGAAAAGUUUGGCGAGAAAAUAUAUUUUUAAUCGAUGAUUAAUUCGACUGACGUGCGUGCAAUGGACACAAUCAAGUGAUACGGUGUGUCUCUCAACGAACGUUUCGUUUAAAUAGCCGAAUUUCGCAUCAUUGCCAAAUGUAUAGAGUUUGCCGAGCCUGAAAGGUUGAGGGCACAGUAUAUUGAUAUAGUUAUAUAUAUAUAAAUAUAUAAAUAAUGAAAUUGUAGUUUUUAAUUUGUCGAAAAUUAUGUUUCAAUAAAUUUGUAUACAUAACA